GAGGCAGAGGUUUCGGCCAAGGGAGCCAGGGCAGCAAGAACAAAAGAGAAGUACGAGAGUAUAAUUGGUAUAUAUUAGAGUGUGGUAGUUAUAUGUGUGUGAGGAUUUAAUAUUUUCUUAUUUGGGUGGAGAUGAAAUUCUGACUAAAUAAUUGAGUGGGCAACAAAAGAAGAAGAAAGCUUGAAUACCCAAUCCUCUGUAUUACUGUGUUCCCUGAUCAAACUAUGCAGAGGAGAGUACCUUUGGCAGUGACAAUGGUGAGGUUUUCAGUUCAAUUCAUGUUGUUAUUGUGGUCAUGCAUUGCAAUGGCAAUGGCUGAUGAGUAUGUAAAGUACAAAGAUCCGAAACUGCCGGUGGGUGUUCGAGUGGAGGAUCUUCUGAGGCGGAUGACUUUGGCAGAGAAGAUUGGUCAGAUGGUGCAGGUAGAUAGGUCUGUUGCCACUGAUGAGGUCAUGAGGAAUUACUCGAUAGGGAGUGUGCUGAGUGGUGGCGGGAGUACACCCCUUUUACAUGCUAGUGCCAAAGAUUGGGUUAAAAUGGUGAAUGAGUUUCAGAAGGGUUCAUUAUCUAGCCGUUUGGGGAUCCCAAUGAUUUAUGGGAUUGAUGCUGUUCAUGGACACAAUAAUGUAUAUGAAGCUACAAUAUUUCCGCAUAAUAUUGGACUUGGAGCAACCAGGGAUCCUGAGCUUUUGCGGAGAAUUGGCGAUGCAACUGCUCUUGAAGUCAGGGCUACUGGGAUUCCUUACGUCUUUGCUCCUUGUAUUGCAGUUUGCAGAGACCCUAGAUGGGGUCGGUGUUAUGAGAGCUAUAGUGAAGAUCCCAAAAUUGUUCGAGAAAUGACCGACAUUAUAUUGGGGUUACAAGGAGAAAAUCCAAAUAGUUCUCUUAAGGGAGUACCCUAUGUUGCAGGAAGGAACAAGGUUGCAGCUUGUGCAAAGCACUUUGUGGGUGAUGGUGGGACAACCAAUGGUCUCAAUGAAAACAACACAGUGAUUGACAUGCAUGGAUUGCUUAGCAUUCAUAUGCCCGCCUAUAGUGACUCGAUCAGUAAAGGUGUCUCCACAAUCAUGGUUUCCUACUCCAGCUGGAAUGGUGAAAAGAUGCAUGCCAAUGGCAAUCUAAUUACUCGGUUUCUCAAGGACAGCCUAAAGUUUAAGGGUUUCGUUAUCUCAGAUUGGGAGGGCAUUGACAGGAUUACCACUCCACCUCAUUCAAACUACACUUACUCCGUCCAGGCUGCUAUUUUAGCUGGCAUCGACAUGGUCAUGGUUCCAUACAAUUAUACUGAGUUCAUUGAUGACCUCACCAAACUCGUGACGCACAAGGUUAUCCCUAUGGAUCGUAUUGAUGAUGCUGUGAGCAGGAUUUUGCUAGUUAAGUUCAUAAUGGGUAUGUUUGAGAACCCUCUUGCUGAUCUCAGCCUAAUUGAUCAGGUUGGAAGCCAGUCCGUAAGUGGAGUUCUUGUACUUGGACAGGCACAUAGAAACUUGGCAAGGGAAGCUGUGAGGAAGUCGCUUGUGCUUCUGAAAAAUGGGAAAAGUCCAGAUGAUCCGUUGCUGCCCCUUCCCAAAAAGGCACCCAGAAUUCUGGUUGCAGGUAGCAGUGCUGAUAAUUUGGGUUAUCAAUGUGGUGGGUGGACAAUCACUUGGCAGGGAUUUAGUGGCAAUAACUACACAACUGGAACUACCAUCCUCAAUGCCAUAGCUUCUACUGUUGACAAGAGCUCAGAAAUCAUCCACCUUGAGAACCCUGACAUUGACUAUGUCAAGUCUGGCAAGUUCAGUUAUGCUAUUGUCGUUGUUGGUGAGUACCCAUAUGCUGAGACUGCAGGAGACAGCCCAACCCUCACUAUUGCUGAUCCUGGCCCAACUGUCAUCAGCAAUGUCUGUGGGGCUGUCAAGUGUGUUGUUGUCAUUAUAUCCGGUCGACCACUUGUGAUUGAACCAUAUAUUUCCUCGAUUGAUGCACUGGUAGCAGCCUGGCUACCGGGCACUGAAGGCCAAGGUGUGACUGAUGUCCUCUUUGGGGACUAUGGAUUUACUGGGAAACUUUCACGAACGUGGUUCAAAACUGUAGAUCAACUCCCGAUGAACAUUGGGGAUUCGCACUAUGACCCACUCUUCCCCUUUGGAUUUGGACUCACAACAACUAAAUCAACUGUGACAAGGUCAAUCUCAGCUAGCAUUGAUCAAAGGCCAUCUUUACUUAUCAUUAAGAACCGAACUCCAGGGUGUAACCGGCGGGCAAGCGAAGUUGGCUGGUGUGCUCCGGCAAAUGGUUGGCUGAAAAUUAACUUCGAUGGGGCUCUAUUCAAGGAAUUAAAGGCUGUUGGUGUCGGCGUGGUGAUUCGAAACCAUUUGGGGGAAGUGAUGGCUGCUUUGUCAGAACGUCUUCCAUUUUGGGUAGACUCCGAUUGUGCAGAAGCUUAUGCCGCAACGAAAGCAGUUGAAUUGGCAAGGGAUUUGGGUUUAAGUGAUAUACAUUUGGAGGGAGAUUCUUUACGCAUUGUCAAGGUCUUGAGGGAGGAAGCUGAGUUUAUGUCAGAAUAUGGUCAUAUCUUGCUACAAACGGUGGGUGUGUGCAAGUCUUUCAGUCGCUUCCAUGUUAGUCAUGUGGGCAGGCAGGGCAAUGGGUUGGCCCAUGGGCUUGCGCGAAUGGCUAGGCAUCAAAACUACCACCAAGUUUGGAUGGAAGGCUUACCAGCUUCCUUAAUAGCCAUAGCUACUUCUGAUGUUUCAUCUCUAUAAGAAUCCUUAUUGACUACGUAUCAAUAUUUAUGAAAAUGAUUCAAACAAUUUAUUAAUAAUCCACCACGAGUUCUUCCAAUGC